AUGUUCGGUUAUAUACUGACUGUUCCGAAGAAUGCAGCUUUUCCAUCGGAUGUACAAAGCGAAAUUGAGCUUUUGUAUGAAACUGAUGAUGGUGUGCACGUGAAAAAUAAACGAAUGCGUCAGCUGGACCAAGAAGUCGGUGAUAUCAAAAUGGAAAUUAACGACAUUGAAACGAGUGCUAUGCUGAGGUCUGUCGCUUAA